UUUAUCGUCGCACUACGCAGCCAGACUGCGAACCGGGAACGACCGGGAGGUAUUUACGCGAGUUUCUCCACAUUACGCGGGCAACGUGACGUGCACGCUUGGCCAACGAAGAGAAGAAAAUCUUUUUUCCGAAUAAAACGUCGACGAAUGAAGAAGAAUCGAUAGAAGAAGAAAAUUGGACGUCGUUGAAAUUCUAUUUGUGCUAAAAUCGAAUAACCCGCUCGCAAUAUCUGCGGAUUUUCAUCGAAAUGAUCUUCGAGAUUUCGUUACGCGGGGAGAAUUAAAAACGUGCGAGUUACUUCACGGUAGUCGGACUACAAGGCGCGAACGUGCGUCGUUUGAAAAAAUUUUCAUCCGCCGUAAAGAAUUCAGUUUCAAUAUACAAUUAUUGGAGUUUGUUAGCGAAAAUAACGGACCCAUUAAUCGAAAUAACGAAGAACAAAGUGACGUUUCGAAGUGUUCCGAGUGGAACUCUCACGGUUAUGUGACCACGUGGUACACCUGGACCAGGACUUCGAAGUACCCGAAAGUGCUCCGAUUAUUUUCAUGCAAAUCACCCGCAGGACUGUAACGGGGAUGUUAAAUUUUUGUGAAAUACAUCGAGUGACGGACCUAGUGAAGUUCAAAUUGUUUGACUAUCUAUUGUGAUUUUAUUGAAAUGAAAGACAUUUCAUAAUUCCUACGAAAUAAGUUUCGAUAUCGAAGAGAGGGAUAAUCGUGCUAGUGGGCAACGUUUUCCGUUUAUUAAACUUUGUCAAAGGAUUCUGUGCGGCGAACUAGAAAGUGAGCUUGACCGGACGAACAUUAUUCAAAAACUCAUAGACGAUUGAUUUCGAGAGGUGGAAAAAAACGAAGGAGCAGCAGAGAUUUUUCAAAAAUCAAAACCGAGUCGCUCAGCAGGGCGGUCGUUUUACACAAUUACAAAACGUUGAAUUGAUCGCGGAAAUUCGGGAUGCGAGGCUGACAUGGCGGAGGGCUCGGCCGAAGAGGAACAGAGCAGUACUGCGGCACCUGCUUCGCCACCAGCUGAUCUCAGAACCCUAAACACCCAGCUAUCGCCACCGUAUUCCCACCAGAGACUCCAGCAUCAUCUACAGCAUCGACAACAACGCAACAUGUUGGCCACAGCCGUCCCGCCACGGCACAGCCACAGCCUAUUGUCGCACCAAAUCAAAACCGAGACGGAUCUGGAACCGCCGUGCGAUGUUCCGUUGAACCUGAAAAGUGAGAUUAACCGGCCUUGUCUCGCCUUCGAGAGCGACUCGAUCCUCGGUUGGGGGAUGCAUGAUGAGGAUAGGGAGGGAGGAGAGGAACACGAAAGUGAGGACAGCGACAGAAGCAGCACCGGAAGUCCCGAACCGGGUUCCGGAGGAGCCCUUCACGAACAUCAACUCCUCAUGGGGGGGCUGAGAAGCCCUACCCAAAGGGAACCGAACACACCCCCCGAUAGCGUGGACCAUGCCAAAGCCGCUGCCCAGGCGCAGGCUCAUCUGAAUGGAACGAUGGCGGGAAUGGUGACGUUACAGAAUCUUCAAAAUUUGGCGAAUCUUCAGAAUCUUCCUCAAGUAGCCUCGCUGGCGGCAGGACUUCAGGGAAUGACCGCCGGUCUUACCAAUAAUCAACUAAUCAACGCCCCGCUCAAUCUUACCGUUAGUUCUUCGGGUGAGUUCUCACUAGGCGGUACGAUACCAACGUCGUCGAACACAGCGACGACUUCCCACCUUUUACCACCGAGCUCAACACCGGUGGCAACGUUGCCCCAACUUUUGUCGCAACCGCAACCAGUUGCGAUGCCUCAAUUCAUUCUGACAUCCGGACAACUCGUGCAAGGUAUUCAAGGGGCGCAGCUGCUGAUACCGACCUCCCAAGGAAUCGCUACCCAGACGAUACUAACCAUACCGGUGAGUCACGUGACGAACAACCAGAUGGUGAAUCUAGCAUUGAGUAACGGGCAGGUCGUUUCGACGACGUUGGCCAAUCUACAAUCGAUAGCCCAACCCCAGAACAUAAUGAACACUCCGUCGAGCAACGUUCCGACGAGCCCCAGUCUCGCUUCCGGUCUCGGUAUCAAUCCGGCGGCGCUCCCUCAUCUUCUCGGUAAUAGUUCGGCGAGUCAACAACUCCUGAACGCCAUGCAACCCCAACAAAUUCUUCAGGCGGCCCAGGCCGCUCAGGUCGCACAGGCCGCCCAAGCCGCCCAAGCGGCCCAAGUAGCUCAGGCUGCUCAGGCCGUUCAAGCCGCUCAAGCCUCUCAACAACCUCUACUGACCACCUCGCCUCAGCCGCACAGACAUCGGCACAGUUCACAUUCGAUUCGAUCCAGCACAAGACCUUACCCGACUCAGGAAGAUCGCCAUAGAGAAAGACCGGAGCAAUCAUCGCCGUUGAACGGAUCGGUCGGCUCCGCGGCGUCGGCCUUAAAUCGACUGGCUGCGAGUAACGGUGAGAUCACGAUCACAACCACGCACGGACCAAGCGGCGGCGGCGGCGGAGUCAAGGCGUCACCGAGUAGCUUGCACAGCCCUCGAGACGAAGAAGAUGACCUAUUGAGCGACUCGCCAAAUCAGCCAACAAUCAACGAAGCUACAAAUAACGUGGUGGAUGGUAUUAAUUUGGACGAGAUCAAAGAGUUCGCGAAGGCCUUUAAACUGAGAAGACUUUCGUUGGGCUUAACGCAAACGCAAGUAGGACAAGCUCUCAGCAUUACCGAAGGACCCGCGUACAGCCAGAGCGCAAUUUGUAGUGCCCUGGCUACCCAGAUGUACGCUGCCUCGCAGAUUACCUCUCAGCAGCAAGUUAUGUUUGAAAAAUUGGACAUCACGCCGAAAAGUGCUCAGAAAAUAAAGCCCGUCUUGGAAAGGUGGAUGAAGGAAGCCGAGGAGAGUGCAUAUGAUUACAGGUACAAAAGUGGGGCGAACCAUCUCACGGAUUUCAUCGGUGUAGAACCAAGCAAGAAGCGGAAACGAAGAACUUCCUUCACUCCGCAGGCCCUGGAAUUGCUCAACGCACAUUUUGAGAGGAACACGCAUCCCUCCGGAGCCGACAUAACGGUUCUGGCUCAGCAAUUGGGUUACGAAAGGGAAGUCAUCCGGAUUUGGUUCUGCAACAAGAGACAAGCGCUGAAAAAUACAGUGAGGAUGAUGUCCAAGGGAGUUGCCUAAGAUUUUUGACAAUCGAAUAAAAUCCGAAGCUAAAUAAUUAAUUACCAAUUGCUUCGCUAAAUUCAACGUGGAUUUGGCUCGACUGACGUUAGUUUCUUACAAUAAAUAUAAAUAAAAUGUGAACGCGAGGCAAACGUCGAUUGUUGAUAGGUGUGAAGACUAAAUAAAUCGCGGUCGCAAAAAUCUAACACUACUCGCUGAUGGAACAAAAUAAAACCAAUCAGAAAAUCAUGAUGUGUAAAGACGUUUUAUCGUAUUGCAAAAACAGGAAUUUAACGAUUCUCACUUACAUAUAUGUUAAACGCAACAAUAGUGAUUGUAGUUUUAUGAUUAUUUUUUCCUUCUGUUACUAUUGAACCUCAAUAAGUGAAUUUGACAAAAGUACCAAGUGUAUUCAUCCAAUGACCUGUAGUGAUUUAUUGAUAACUGCUUUAAAAUGUCGAUGAUUUCAAUAUAUCCGACAAUGAAACGAUGAAACGUUGUACGUUUCUACGAUUUGAUAAAUCGGAAAUAAAAUAUUCAAAGAAAAAAACAAAAAAAAAAAAAGAAAUUGUGAUCAAACGAAGUGUGUUAAUGUACAAUGUUCAAUUGAAGUGUGAUUUCCCCGAACUUGGGUCAUCGAAUCGAGAUAUCUGUAAUAUCGCAUACCGAUGUGAGCAAAAACUGACUUUCGUAAUCUUACCGAGUGUUUCAAUGGGGACGAAAUUUAUGUAACUAAAAAACAUUUUCGAAUCGAUGAUUAUUAAUUGAAACGAGAUGAAUUCACAGGACUGUCGCGGAGACUAAUCGAUAACUACGCAUACCCAUAGUUGAACAAAAAAGGAAGAAAGAAGAAAUGAAAUAGAAAAUGAGAUAUAAAAUAAGAUGAAAAAAAAAAAAAAAACAAUACAAUUAUAGUGAAUGAAUUGCAAUAAUGUCUUUGAAAGUAUAAUAAGAACGAAUAUAAGGUUGUCUCAAAUACUCUUAUUACCUAUAAGUAUAACAUAUUAAUCAGUUGACGAAUUGGACGAAUAAUUAUAUUGUCAUUAUAAUCUAACUUUAAAUGUAGUUAUCGUUACUAAACCUCAUUUUCGACAUAAUCUCACCAUGUCAUUUUUUUUCUCUUUUUUUUUUUCGUUGCUGUAACGCUAGUCCGCAUCACUAUAUGCCAUACACAUGAAGUAUACGUGUUAAAUUACAUUAAUCUCGUUGCUAUAUUACAUACGAUUGUAAAUCUACAGUUGCUGGAUUCUUCACGUCGGAGGAUUUUUCUUUCUUUUUUCUGGUCACCAUCUUAUUCAUUCAGUCGCAACAUUCCUAUAUUAUUUCUGCAAUUUGUUCGCUGUAAUAACAGAAUAUGUGUACAUACUAUACCUAGAUUUUCCGUAUAAUGUGAUAAUACGGAAAAAUUUAUCCGUCACGAAACGUGCAUUUUUAACCUCCGACAAAUAGGAUCUACUUUGAUUUCAUGAAUUCAAUUUUUUUAUUUUUCCUUUUUCUUUGACACGUAGGGGAUAUAAAUGAAUUUCGAAAAUAUAUAUAUAUAUAUAAGUAUGCAUAAGAAAAUAUAUGAACAUGUAAUAACUAUGUAUAAAAGUAUUAUCUUAAUCUAGAGAUUGUGGGCUAAUUCACGCGACAUGCUGUUGAGCUACUAAUAAAUAUGAAUAUACAUAUAGUUGAACAUAAAAUAAUUAAAAAUGAGUAACAUGCUAAUAGGUAGCAGCUUGUACAUAGAAAACAAAAUCUAAAAAAUAAUAAUUAAUGAAUAAAAAUGUAUUGUAAUGAUAGAAUAAUGAAGAGUAAUUUUAAAGAUACGGCUAUAAAAUAGCUAGAGAACACUCUCAUGGAAAGAAAAUUUACAUGGUUGAAAUUCAAAAAUAAAAAAAAAAAAAGAAAAAAAAACUAAAGAAGGAAAAGUCGAAGCAUAAUGAAAAAAAAAAAAACAUAUUUAAGAUAUUCAAUUUAGGAAGGAUAAAAAAUAAAGAGCAAAGUAUAGGUUUGUUCCUAAAACAGGAAGAAAAAAAUUAAUAGUAAUGAUGAUGAUAAUAAUUGUAUGAUAAAAUUCAAAAUUCAAAAUUUUGAUUGUGAAAACUGAAACACGUAUGUUGUCCUUUUGAUAAAAUAAAAGAAAUAAAAUAAAAUAAAGAUUUAAUUAAAAUAGAGGAGAAAAAAAAAAAGAAAAAAUUAAGAUGAAACGUUUGUACAGAGAUAUUCCGGUUAUUAAAUUUUGUUAUGAAGAAAAAAAUUGAAAAAAUGAAAUGAGAAAAAGUAAGAAAGAAAAAUGAAUUGUAGGAAUCAUGUGUAUUUUCUUCGUGAAAAAAAAAAAAUAAAAACAGAAAUUAUAUAUAUAUAUAGUAUAUAUACACAUAUGUAUACAUGCAUAUACAUGUAUAAUUUAUAUUAAAGAAAAUAGAUUAUUGAAAUAUUCAUAUUAGUACCAAGAAUGUGAAUUGUAUUCGUGAGUGUCAUAUUUCUAAGGAAGAUAGAUCCACGGGCGAAUGUUUUCUAGCAGUUUUCAUUGUGAAUAAAUAAAGCUGAAGCGCAAAAAAAAUUGAUUGUUGAAAAAAUUUGUAAGAAAAAAACGAAUUGUAAUCGAAGCGAUUAAUAAAGCAACCGUAUCGAUCGAAUGACUCGGAAGCAGAUCCGAUGAAAAUCUGACGGUUGUAAUCGUUGAAUCGGGAAAAAAAUGAGGAAGUAAUAAGUAACACUUUAAACAUGAAUGACGAUUGAGAAAAAAAUGAUCAAAAUUGCCCCCCACCGUUUAUUGUAGAUGGAGAAAACUGCUAUUAAAACAUUGCCCAGCGAAACCAAAGUUCCUACUACGUUUUAUAAAAUAUAACUGGACUGCAAAACUUGGGAUGUAAAUACGGACUGCAAAUUAAGCUAGUAAUUCACAAUACAAUCGGCAAUUCAUUGAAGUUUAAGACUAUAUCAAGAGACUGGUACGAAGUCAACUAAUUCUAUUUGCAGCUGAUAAUAGUUAGAGAUCGAUCGAAGCUAAUGUUGUUUUUUUAUUCAUUUUAAUUUUUUCCCCUUUCAUUUAUACCCAAAUUUAUGACCGCACGACAGUUAAUAUUGAUACGAAUAAAUGAUAUUAAUGAUAUUAAUAAAGAUAAUUGGGGGUUGAAAAUUUCACAACUAAACAUGAAUAUAUAUUUAUGUCUCAAUUAUUGUAACAUCAACGAUAGCCUAAUUACAUGUAAUAUAUAAUUGACCGAUUCUUCAGACUACUUUUUAUAUGUAACACGAUAUCAGUAUCAUCAGUAUUUCCAUGUACAUGUUAUUUGAAUUGGUUGACUCCUUGACCGCACUGAGCACAGUCGACAACUAAGCACAUAAGUAUACAAUUAGUAAUUAAGAGAAUAAUAAAAUAAAGAAGAAAAAAAAAAAUUGUAGCUUUAGAAUGAAUGUUAGCUCGUAGACACGAUGUAUUAUUAAUUAAACUAUGUAUUUAAAGAAAAGAAAAUGAAAAAACGAUACAAAAAAAAAAAGAAAUCAUGAACACAAUUUAGUUGGUAAGUGAAUAAAAUAAUAAAAAAAAAAAAGAAAAAAAAAAGAAUCAAUAAACCUGUGUAAAACCUAGUAGGUAUCCACAAGAAUAAAAUUGAAUAAAAACAUAUAUUGUGGUAA